AUGGGUUCGCAGAUGACGUUGAACGACCACCGCUCCUACGGCGCCCACGCCUGCCCAGCCGCCCCGGCUUCCCGGCAGCUGCUCGUGAUCGUCUGCCCCAUCUGCGCGGCGUCUGUGCGGCUGCGCCAGGGGGAGGACCCAAAUGCCGCUUACGACCGCCACGCGCGCUUGGGCGGCUGCGACCCCCAGAAUUACGAGAAGGCAGCGAAAAAGCCGCGCUGCCCGGCGCAUGGCUGCAAGGAGAAGCUCACGGCCAUCAACACGUACGCAUGCAAGUUGUGCCGGCAGCAGGUGUGCAUGAAGCAUCGCCACGAAGACGACCACCAGUGCCCCCGCCGCCCUCCGGCAGCCCCCUCCCGGCCCAAGGCCGCCGCCACGGCCGCGGCCGCCGCGGCGUCCGCCGCGGCGGCGCAGGCGGCGGGGAUGGUGGCGCGGCUCGGGGUGCGCGCGUCGGCGGCGGCGGCGGCGGUGGCGAGCGACCCGUCCAACACCGUUUUCGGAACCGCGGGGCGGCGGCGCGAGAUGCUGCAGCAGCAGGCGGGCGGGCGGCCGACGCAGUACCCAUAUGCGCAGCAACAGCAGCAGCAGCAGCAGCAGCAGCAGCAGCAGCGGCAACGGGGCAGCAGCAGUGGUGGUGUCAUUGACCUCACAGGCGACUCGCCCCCUCCGGCCACGCGGCCGUCCCCUGCCCAGCAGCACCAGCAGCAGCAGCACCCGUUCGCCUGCCACAGGUGUGGCCUGGGGUUCAGCGACCCAGUGGCGCUGGUGGACCAUGACUCACGCUGUGCUGCGGCCGGGGGCGCCGCGGCGCCUGCCAGCGGCGGCGGCGGCAGCAGAGCCUCGAGCUGCGUGCUCAGCUGA